AUGAGUAAUAGCCAGCAUGAACCUCCUUACGAAAUUGAGAACCAGUUUAUAUUGCGCCUGCCUCCGGAACAUGCUGCUACUGUCAAGGAAAUGAUACACUCUGGAAGUGUUGCCAUGAAGGAUAAACUAACAAUUGACUUAUCUUCUGAUGGACGCCAUGCAACUGUUGAGGUAAAAGAUGUCUCACUAACUGCUAAGAUGGUUGACUUGCCUUGCACUAUUGGAAGCCUGAAAACUCUCGACAACAAAAUCUUUUAUAAAACAGCAGAUAUUUCCCAGAUGCUUGUGUGCACUCCUGAUGGUGAUCUCCACUCCUCUCCCAAAGAACCAGUUACCUCUACUGAUCUAAAAGGAAUAAAGAAAAAUGAAAAAGCGAUACAGAAGAAAUAUGCCUGGAAGCAUGGAAUUACUCCACCACUUAAGAAUGUCAGAAAGAAAAGGUUCCGCAAAAUGACAAAAAAGCGGGAUGAUUUCAAACAAGUUGAAGAGGUCAGCUUUACUGAGUACACUGACUCUCCUGAUGUGGAAAAGGAAGUGAAAAGACUGCUGUGUUCUGAUGCUGAAGCUGUCAGUGUCCAAUGGGAAGUCAUUGCUGAAGGUGAAACCAAGGAACUAGAAAGUAAAGGCUCCAUUCCAAGCUUUGAGAUAUCUCCAGGAACAAGUGGCUAUAAACAGGAUCAUAGCUCAUCAGAAUAUCAUAGGCUUCGGGAGAUGCUCAGUGAUUCUAGCAAUAGCAGUGAUGAUAAGGACAAGGAUGAAACUGAUGAGGAGGAGGAAUUUUACUAUGAUGAUGAGAAUGAAGAAGAUGAACAGUAUUAUGAAGAGAAUCUGCAAAGGGAGCUACAGGCCAAGUUAAUUGAAUUUGGCCAGUGUGAGUCAAAGGAAGGAGCCAGUUCAAUAGUCAUGGAAAUUCAGAAGCAUAUUCAUUAUAUGGAGAAAAAGCUCCAAGAGAUUCAGUGCAGAGCACAAAGACAGAAAGAUCUCAUCAAGAAAGUGGAAAACCUGACACUCAAGAAUCAUUUACACUCUGUGUUGCAGCAGCUUAAGUUACAGGAAAAACAAAAAAAUGAGCAGAUCAUUUCCCUCCAGGAAAAACUGAAAUACUUUAUGGAGAACUGAGAUCUUUCAGCUUGGCAUAUGAACAUUGGAUUCUCCAAACUGAUUGAAGACUGCGUGAAACUGGAUGUUUCUGUUUGUUUCACUGCCUUAUGUUAAAUCAUUUGUAUUUGUUUCUCUGAGCCUUUCUUCUUGCUAAUAAUAUUUGAAGUUUAUAGUAGUGUAGAAAGGGACAGAAUAUUUAAAAAGUAGUAGACCUAAUGACCCAACUCAACUAUGGGCCUUUGCUUCUCUUUAUGAAUUUGAGAAUUAUUUGUAUUGCUCUGUUCUAGGUGCCAUAAGAUGAUUCAGCCAUGCUUGCCAAAGACAGAUAGUAUAGCCUGAAGGGCAUGUAGCUGGUUUGCAUAUGUUUCAGCUUCUCUUUCUGUUUGCUUUAUAUAUUUUCUAAAACAUAGAACAAAUAAAGUCAUUUCUACUAAGGGCUAGGACUGGCCACAGUGAAUUUAAGUGCCUACUUCGUGGCAGCUGAUAGUAAGUGUGUCUUAUCUCUGUUCAGGUGAUAGAAGCUGCUUUCUUGCUCAAGGAUGAUUUUUUUUUUUUUACUUUUAUUAGCAUCUAUUUUAUGCUGAAUUUACUCCCAGGCCAUACAAUUUUGUGUUUUGGGGGGGAUAUUUUUUCCUUCUGUGUAACUUCCUCUUCUGGUUUAGGAACAAUCUGCUCUUUUCAGUAGGAUCAUCUCAGUGUGGCAGGGAGAGCUCAUGAAUGGGUUAGACCACCCAUGAGCUCUGUAAGUUCUGCACUGCAUCUUGGGAGAUUUGUUCACUUGGAUGUACUCAAUAACCAGAGAAUCUACAUCUAAACCCUUAAGUUCAGCAUUACUCUCUGCAUUUUGAAACAUGGAGCAAAAAAUCAGCACUAUUUUAGGGCUGUGGACCCUGUGUCCAGCCCUACUGUUUGGCCUGGGCACAUCUACCAGCUCCACCAUUAUAACAAUGCAGUUGCACACGUUGCUUCUGUAAAGUGACAUCUUUCAGAUACUUGUUGGUUUUUCAAAUAUGCAUACCUUUGUUUGGUGGCCUGGGCAGUUUCAUGAGUGUUCUUAAAGUGAACAGGAAGAUUUGAUCCUCUUUAUUUGCAUGGUUUUGCAAGGUUUUCUAAGUCAAGUGAAUAGUAAGCCAUUUUCAGAGGUCACCUCAAGCCACUUACCAGAGAGUUGGGGAUGAUUUCUUGCCACUAUCUUUGUUCUGCUGUUGUGUUUUUAGGACUGUGUCCCAUUGUUAUUGCCAGCUAAGAGAAUAGUUACAGAAGAGAUGAAAUUCCAAGCUGUUCUUAUUCUGAGUCUCUUCAUCCUAACCCCCAUCAGAAAGGGUUAG